ACAAUAUGCUUCAUUAAGAUAUCAUAGUAUAGUAUUGUGAGGUAGUAGCCGCUACAUGUUUUGAGAGUGAUUUUUUAUAUUCUGUAUAAUCUAAGAUAUUUAAAAUGUUUUUGGUGCUUUUGGCGCUUUUAGCGCUAGUUUAUGGAGUGUUCUAUUAUUUUACAAGCACGUUCGAUUUUUGGAAGAAAAAGGGAGUAAAAGGACCAAAACCGAUACCUUUCUUUGGCAAUUGUUACGAAUCAACAAUAAGGAGGAAAUUUGUAGGCAAAGUCGUCAAAGAGAUUCACUGCGACUACCCGGAUGAGAAAGUAGUAGGCAUUUAUACAAUGUUAACGCCUGUAUUAAUAAUAAGAGACUUGGAUUAUAUUAAACAUAUACUGAUAAAAGAUUUUGAUUUUUUCUCGGAACGUGGAAUUGAAUUCAGUAAGAAAGGUUUAGGAGCUAAUCUGUUCCAUGCCGAUGGCGAGACGUGGCGAGUGUUAAGAAACCGUUUCACUCCCCUUUUCACUUCGGGAAAAUUGAAAAACAUGUCGUAUCUAAUGACAAAUGGAGCGGAGCAGUUUCUGAACUACGUGGAUACAUUGGUGACGAUACAACCAGAGCAAAACAUCCAUAAGCUAGUACAGAAAUAUACAAUGAGUACAAUAUCAUCUUGCGCUUUCGGAAUUGAUACAAAAAUGAGUAACGAUGGUUUAUUGGAACGCGUCGCAUCUUUUGAUAAUCUUAUAUUUGGAGUAAAUUACUUUGCUGAAUUAGACAUGAUGUAUCCUGGUCUUUUGCUGAAGUUGAAUGCGUCAUUGUUCCCAAGAGAAAUUUCAAACUUUUUCUAUGAGUUAUCUAAAAAUGUGAUUACCCAAAGAAAAGGUGCCCCAAUUGGAAGAAAAGAUUUUAUGGAUUUGAUAUUAGAGUUGCGUCAACAGCGAGAAAUUAAAACGGUGCGUCGAAGUGACGAAAAAGAAUUACAUUUAGAGUUCAAUGAAGAUGUGAUCGCUGCACAGACAUUCGUAUUUUACGUGGCAGGGUACGAGACCAGUGCGACUACAAUGACCUUUUUGUUGUAUGAGUUGGCUCGGAAUAAAGACGUACAAGAGAAGCUGCUGGAAGAAGUUGACGAGGUUCUUAAGAAAUUCGGCGGGAAAGUUAGUUACGACUGCGUCAACGAGUUAAAAUACAUGGACAAAGUAUUUGACGAGACCCUUCGAAUUUACCCUGUUGUUAGUAUGUUGCAGCGAAGAGCAGAAACUAAUUACAAAUUUCCCGGUUCUGAUCUAGAAAUUAAAAAGGGACAAAUUUGUUACAUAUCACCUUGGGGUAUUCAUCAUGAUCCGAAAAUUUAUCCUAAUCCCGAAAAGUUUGACCCGGAAAGAUUUAGUCCAGAAAAUAUCGGGAAAAGACAUCCUUGUGCUUACUUACCUUUUGGUCUAGGACCGAGGAACUGCAUAGGUAUGCGUUUCGCAAAAGUGCAGAGCCGUAUCUGUUUGGUCAGUUUACUCAGUAAAUACCGGGUGGAGACGACAGAAAGGACCUGGAAGAGCACGAUGUACGAUCCCUACCGGGUUGUUACCACCCCCACGGGAGGGAUGUACUUGAAACUAGUACCCAGGAAUUGAUUUCUGGUUUAAUUAUCGCGGUUUAUUCAGUAUGGUGCUCAUCCAAAAACUUGUAGCCUAGGCUUCUCGAUUUGAUUUUACUUCGUUAUGAUAGGACCUCUUACUUACUUAUAACUUUUUUCUCUCUGAAACUGUGAUUUAAAAUCGAUGAGAGCUUUCCUGUCAGGUUAUAUCUACCGUUAACCAG